CUUAAAUCAAUGCUAACAACUAUCUGCUGAAAGCUUGAAUGUUUUAAGCCUGCUAUACAUUGUGGACAUUGAAAUUGAUUGUUACUGUUUGAACAGGUAAUGAUGGCUUCUACAGCAAAUGAACAAGAAAGCACCACUAAAGAUGAGACAGUUGAAGAAGUCGGGGGGAGAAAAUUACCACAGUGCCAACCCUGCUCCAAGAAUAACAGGUCAACAGUUGCACAACUUUACUGCAAUGAUUGUAAAGAGUUCCAGUGUUCUGCGUGUUCAGCUCAACACCAGACGUUUGCCCUCUUGUCUGGCCAUGCUAUUGUCGAUUGGAAGCUUAAAGAUCCAGAAGAAAAGACUGUCAACAUGUUUGGAUUUGAUAAAUGUUUGGAACAUGGGAAUCCUGUGACAAUCUUUUGUGAAGAUCAUGAAGUGUUUUGUUGCCCGACAUGCGGUUUCUCAGGACACAGACUUUGUGAGAAAGCAAAGCAGAUUAAAGAGUUUUCCGUUAAUGUAACUGAAUUUCAGGAAAGAUUAAAAGAUUGUAAUGCAAAGGCUUCACUAUUCAUAAAAUCCAUAAAUGAAAUAGGAAACGCAGAAAUAAUUAAAGUGAAUGAAAAGGCUGAAACACUUCAAGCAGAGCUUAUUCAGAAGAUAAGUAGAGAUUUGACAGAGGCCUUGAAAGAGAUUCAAACGUUGGCAGAUGCUUUGAAAUCAUCCAAAGAAGAAGAAAUGACCAAAGUAUCUAAUAUCAAAGGCGAUCUAGAGCUGUGGAGAAACAGUUUGAAUGCAGCAUCCGAGCAAGGCUCGCACGAUCAAUGUUUCAUUCUUUGUAAAUCUCUAAAACAGAAAUCUUCUGAAUACAACGAGUUUCUUAACAAUCAAUCGUAUGACACUAUUCCUAUUUCAGCAAAUGCAGAAUGUCAUCAAGUUAUAGAGACAUUUGUUAAAGGUGACGAAAAACUGGUUAAACUGCUUCAAGAUAAUGUUGCCACUGGCUCUGAAGUUUUUGAAGAAAAAAGCAUGACAACCAGAGAAAGCUUUGAGAAAUGUUCAACAGACACCGUUGAAAACAUAGACGACAAUCAAAGAGAACAGACUGUGCAUCUAACUAGCAUGGCUAUAUCAGCUUUUACGAAAAUGGAGAAAAGACUUUUUUCAGGUAUAGACUUCCUGCCAGAUGGUAGACUGCUCGUUGUUGAUAAUAAGCAAAACACAUGCUUUCUGUUGGAUGAAAACUGUAAGGUUCUCGGAAAUAAGUUAUCUUUCUUCAAUAAAAACUCAAGUUCCUUUGAUGUCUGUGUUUACAGGGGAAACAGAGCUGUUGUUACGUCUGUAAAUUAUUUAUAUUUUCUACAGAUAUACCCACAAAACAGUAUCAGAUUAAUUCAGAAAGUUAACGCAUUAUCCUAUUACUUCUCUAUUACAUCAUUCAAUCACUCAAUGUUCCUCUGUAGCACUUAUAUCGACGACAACGGUCCAGUUCGGGUUGUUGAUUUGGAAGGGAAUGAGACUAGAUUCAUUGAUAUAGGAUUCCCAGAUAUUAAGUAUGGCCUAGGUGAAAGCUUUUCUACCUAUAUAUCUAUACCGGGAAUAAUUGUACUGACGGACAAACAUAACAACAAAGUGCACCUUUUUCACAUUCUGACUGGAUGGAGCAAAACUGUGGAAGAUGACCGAUUUCAAUGGCCAACAACGGCAUGUGUGGCCCCUGAUGGCACAGUGUUUGUGAGCUGUGAGAAAAAUAAUGUCAUUGUCCGCAUUUCGCUAGUGGGAGAAGUCUUACAGGUACUCAAAAUCAGUUUCAAGCCAAAGGCAGUAAGAAUUUCAAGGGAUGGAAAACUUGCUGUGGCUGGUAUCGAAGGUGAACAUUGCAAAAUUCAUUUGUACCAACUUGAUUAUCGAUGAGAUCUACAGACAAAGGAAAACACUCCCACAUUCUGCUUGUGUCUUUAUUAACAUGACAAGACAAUAGUACUAUUUACUAUGAAUUUUUGUUUCAUGCUUAAUACAUUAAGGUAACCUUUUUAUUUUCAUGGAUUAGUAGUGUCUCAUAAAUAAAAGUACAUGUUUAAGAAAAUAAUAAAGUUUUUACUGAGAUUGAGUAUCUUUGCGGGAUUAAGCUCAAGAUGUGACAUUAAAUCGUCUGUUGUCACAGCAAGAUCAGCAAGCGGCCCUUAACCAAGUUUGUUCAG